UCUGUUCCGUUCAGUUUUCAUAUAGUCUCGGGGUUUUAAAACUUUGAAAUCAAGAACUUGACGUUUACAGUCCACCUCUGAAAGAUUGACAGAGACACAGCAUAUAACACCAUCAUUUGUAAAGGGGUUCCUUUUGCGGGACAGAGGAUCAGAUGUUGAGAGUUUGGACAAACUCAUGAAAACCAAAAAUAUACCUGAAGCUCACCAAGAUGCAUUUAAAACUGGUUUUGCAGAGGGUUUUCUGAAAGCUCAAGCACUAACGCAAAAAACCAAUGAUUCUCUGAGACGAACUCGUCUGAUUCUCUUCGUUCUGCUGCUAUUUGGCAUUUAUGGACUCUUAAAAAACCCAUUUUUAUCUGUCCGCUUCCGGACAACAACGGGGCUUGAUUCUGCAGUAGAUCCUGUCCAGAUGAAAAAUGUCACCUUUGAACAUGUUAAAGGAGUGGAGGAAGCUAAACAAGAAUUACAGGAGGUUGUUGAAUUCCUGAAAAAUCCACAAAAAUUUACCAUGCUUGGAGGUAAACUUCCAAAAGGAAUACUUUUAGUUGGACCACCAGGGACAGGGAAGACACUUCUUGCUCGAGCUGUGGCUGGAGAAGCUGAUGUUCCUUUUUAUUAUGCUUCUGGAUCAGAAUUUGAUGAAAUGUUUGUGGGUGUGGGAGCCAGCCGUAUCAGAAAUCUAUUUAGGGAAGCAAAAGCAAAUGCUCCCUGUGUUAUAUUUAUUGAUGAAUUAGAUUCUGUUGGUGGGAAGCGAAUUGAGUCUCCAAUGCACCCAUAUUCAAGGCAGACUAUAAAUCAACUUCUUGCUGAAAUGGAUGGUUUUAAACCCAAUGAAGGAGUUAUCAUAAUAGGAGCCGCAAACUUCCCAGAGGCAUUAGAUAAUGCCUUAAUAUGUCCUGAUCGUUUUGACAUGCAGGUUACAGUUCCAAGACCAGAUGUAAAAGGUCGAACAGAAAUUUUGAAAUGGUAUCUCAAUAAAAUAAAGUUUGAUCAGUCUGUUGAUCCAGAAAUUAUAGCUCGAGGUACUGUUGGCUUUUCUGGAGCAGAGUUGGAGAAUCUUGUGAACCAGGCUGCAUUAAAGGCAGCUGUUGAUGGAAAAGAAACGGUUACCAUGAAGGAACUAGAGUUUUCCAAAGAUAAAAUUCUAAUGGGGCCUGAACGUAGAAGUGUGGAAAUUGAUAACAAAAACAAAACCAUCACAGCAUAUCAUGAAUCUGGUCAUGCUAUUAUUGCAUAUUAUACUAAAGAUGCAAUGCCUAUCAACAAAGCUACAAUCAUGCCACGAGGGCCAACACUUGGACAUGUGUCCCUUUUGCCUGAGAAUGACAGAUGGAAUGAAACUAGAGCUCAGUUGCUUGCACAGAUGGACGUUAGUAUGGGAGGAAGAGUAGCUGAGGAGCUUAUAUUUGGAACUGACCAUAUCACAACAGGUGCUUCCAGUGAUUUUGAUAGAACUAAAAUAGCAAAGCGGAUGGUUACCAAAUUUGGAAUGAGUGAAAAGCUUGGAGUUAUGACCUACAGUGAUACUGGGAAACUGAGUCCAGAAACUCAAUCUGCUAUUGAACAAGAAAUUAGAAUCCUUCUAAGGGACUCAUACGAACGAGCGAAACAUAUCUUGAAGACUCAUGCAAAAGAGCAUAAGAAUCUAGCAGAAGCUUUACUAACCUAUGAGACUUUGGAUGCCAAAGAGAUUCAAAUUGUUCUUGAGGGAAAGAAAUUGGAAGUGAGAUGAUAACUCUUAAAAUGGAUGCAUUGCUGGUUUUACUGCAAGAAUAUAUAAGUAGCAUUUCAGUAGUCUUUUGCAAUGCUUUUCUCCCAUUCUUGCUUUGGUGUCACUCAAGGGUGUGAAACACUUUGUCUCUCUUUUGUCAUGUUUAAUCUAAUUUUGGUUAUUCUCAUAAUGACACCUAUUGCAAAUUAUCAACCCAUAAUAAAUAUGUUAAAGAAAAUAAAGAACUAUUAGGAUUGGAAACAGCUUGUUUGAGAAAUGUCAAUAAGUUAUUCAUUUGAAAAUAAGUAGUGAUUUUAUGGUUGGUUCCUCUACUAGACGUGAAUAAAAAUUGUGCCUUUA